CUCUCGCAGUCUGUCCUCCCACAUCUCCCUGCCUUCGGCCCCUACGGACAUGGCAGGGUCUUCUCUCCUACAAUGUCUCCUGUGGACGGUCGUCUUUGCAGUGACCAAGGGGCAGACUCCUGACUUCAUGAUUGCGGCCCCUCGUAUGUUGCACGUGGGCAUUGCGGAAACUGUCUGGGUGCAGCUCCAGUGGCCCCAGGGCUCGAAGCCCCCCAGCGGCAACGUUAAUGCGGACGUCGUCCUGCGGAAUCAGAUCACCAUGAAGGACUGUUCCAAAAAAGAGACCAUUCAACUCAACAGUGGGAACGAUUAUACGGCCUCAAAGAGCCUGCAGCUCACCCCACAACUCAUACAAUUCUGUGAACUCGAUCAGAUGAGAAGCAGCCGAUAUGUUCAGUUAGCUGUGGUAAGCAAAGUAUUUGGCUCGAAGCCCAAGGUGGUCAACAUCCCGGUGUCCUACAAACGCGGUUACAUCUUCAUACAGACAGAUAAGAGCAUCUACACACCCAAGGAGACCGUUCACAUUAGAAUCUACACUUUGGAUCACAUGAUGAGGCCAACAGAGGAGAAGAUAACCUUCACCGUCUCUAAUGCCCAAGAUUUGCAAGUGAGAAAGGGAGAACAAUUUUCUCUGAACUCAGUGGUGAAAGAAAGUCUUCUGAUUCCAGAUAUCUCAACUCCUGGAGUCUGGAAAGUCUCUGCUUAUUUCAAGACGGCUCCGGAAUCAAACACCACGGUUGAGUUUGAAGUAAAAAAAUACGUUCUCCCGAAUUUCGAGGUGAAAAUUAUUCCAAAGGUUCCUUAUUUCUUAAUUUCAAUGGAUACAUUUACUGUCAACGUGAAAGCCAGGUAUGUGUACGGAGAGGACGUUGUCGGUGUGGCCUACGUGCGGGUGGGAAUCACAGGCAAAGAUGGACAGCGGACUAUUCUCAGUGGUCUGGAGCAACAAAUUAAGCUGACUGAUGGAGAUGCGGCUAUAACAAUAAUUAAGGAGGACAUCUUAGAGAGGAUCAAGCAGCCAGAAGAUGCCUUGCUGGAGUUCAACUUGUAUGUUGCGGCUAGUGUGAUAGAGACCGCUUCUGGAGUUCUAGAAGAGAAGGAACUCACGUCCGUGAAGUUUGUGGCUUCUCCUUACCAGCUCGACCUGUCCAAAACCAAGAGGUAUUUCAUUCCCGGCAGCCCAACUCAGAUAGUGGCCGAGGUGUCUCACGUAGAUGGUUCUCCGGCUACGGGUAUAUUUGUCACCCUCUCUCAGUCAAACGUCGAGAAGCACAAGUUUAAAUCGGAUGACAAAGGCGUUGUGACCUUUAUUCUGAACACAAACCAACAAGACAAAACUUUGGACAUCACGAUCAAAGCUGGUGAAGAUUCCAGUUCCAUGACUGAAAACAUUCGUCUUUACUCGUAUAAUUCUAGAACAAACGGCUUUCUUCACAUGAGUACCCCUAAUGAGGUGCUUAGCAUAGGUCAGACCAUCCAGAUCACGUUGAAAUUAGUGGCUCCUAACCCCGGACGUGUAAAGAAACUCUACUAUAUGGUUCUGAACAAAGGUCAGACCCUCAGCCUGAAGUCUAUAGUGAUCAGUGACCUCAUGCGUAUUCAAAUACCUGUGACCACUUCUAUGAUCCCCUCCGUUCGCGUCAUCGCUUAUUACUACCUGGGUUCAGAGAUCGUCGCCAACUCGGUUUGGGUGGACGUGACUGAUGUUUGUGAAGGGAAGUUGCUGAUUAGAAAUGGUGAUGGUGGAAAAGACAUUUCACCACGAGGAGGCUUCGAGCUGGUGGUGGAAACAGACGGGACGAGCACGGUGUCUUUAGCUGCAGUGGACACGGCUGUUUACGCUCUUAAUUCCAAGAACAAGCUGACACCAGACAAGAUGUUCAGAGCAAUGAACGCUUAUGAUCUUGGCUGCUCUCCGGGUGGAGGGAAGGAUUACAGAAACGUUUUCAUGGACGCCGGGCUGGCAUUUGUUUCUUCCGCAGGAUACAGUGAUAUAAAUGAGUUCGGAUGCAGAGUUCAGGAACGUCAGAAAAGAUCACCAAAGGCGCAGGAUCCCACAGCACUCGCGAAACAGAAAGUUCACUCGUACUCCGCGGAGCUGCAGAGCUGCUGCCGGGAUGGGAUGGUUCUGCUGCCUCGCCGGAUGAACCAGGACUGUAAUAAGCGAGCUGGCCGCGUGCCGUCUAAGCCUUGCCGGGAUGCCUUCCUCGAGUGCUGCAUCUACGCCGGGAAACUGCGCAAGGACAAUAGGCGCAAAACCUCAGGGGUUGGGCGAACUCAGGGCAUGGAAGAGGAAGUGGAAUUCACCGAUGAGGAUGACGUCCAACUUCGUUCCUACUUCCCAGAGAGCUGGUUAUGGAGGACGAUUAACGUGAACAGAGAAUUCAGAGAAAAGAUUUAUGUACCAGACUCGAUCACUACCUGGGAGAUCCAGGGAGUAGGGAUGUCUCAGGGAAAAGGUUUCUGUAUCGCGGAUCCCAUCAAAGUCCGGGUCUUUAAGAACUUCCAUAUCUACAUGAGAGUGCCGUACUCUAUAAAGAGGUUCGAGCAGAUCGAGCUGAGACCCGUUCUAUACAACUACAACACAAAUGACAUAAAGGUGAAGGUGUAUAUGGAGGAAACGGAAGGCAUCUGCUCACCCCGUCUCCCUGAACCGGCGUCGGACGGGCAGAUCGUGACGGUUCCCGCAAGUUCGGCCCUCACCAUCCCCUUCGCUGUUGUACCCAUCGGAAAGACCAACGUCCCGGUGAAAGUGAUAGCCUUGGGGGAGAAUGGUUUCUCCGACGGCGUGGAGAAAACUCUCCGGAUCGAGAGAGAAGGUGUCUCAGUUCUCGAAGAGAAAACCUACAUAAUGAAUCCUCGAGACUCCGCUAGAAGCUCCAUCACCAUAGAUGACGAGUUACCUACAAACAUGAUCCCAGACGGGGAGUUCCGUUCCAGCAUCAGAGUCAGCAUGGACGUCACGAACGCCAUGAUAAAUAAAAGCCUGAGCGCUGACGGGAUCAGUCGUCUCAUCCGGGUCCCGAGGGGAUGCGCCGAGCAAACCAUGAUCCUGACAGCUCCCGGGCUCUACGCGCUACGGUACCUGGAUCAGACCGGCAAGUGGGCCAUGUUACCGCCUGACCGUAAAGACGAGGGCCAGGAACUGAUGCUCCAGGGAUACACGAGGAUAUUACAGUUUAGGAAGUCGGAUGGGUCGUAUGGAGCAUGGAUUGGCAGAACGAGCAGCACGUGGCUCACGGCCUUUGUGGCCAAGGUGAUGUCUCUCAGCCGGAAGUACGUAGAUGUUGACGUGAACGAGAUCCGCUUGUCCACGGAUUAUCUCUGCAGCAUGCAGACCAGCACCGGAGCUUUCCAAGAAAAAAUGCCAGUGAUUCACCAAGACAUGCAAGGUGGAGUAAGUGGUACCGACGCCGAGGUGUCUCUCGCAGCCUACGUGACCGUGGCUCUCCACCAUUCCCUGGACGCCUUGUCUGACAACACCAAAGUGAAGUCCGCCAUACAGAAGGCUGUGGAAUACCUACGUGUUAAGCUGGACUCGCUCUCGGAGCCGUACCCUCUGGCCAUUACCGCGUACGCCCUCACACUCGCCUCGGCAGACCCGGUUUUGAAGGACAAGGCCUACACAUUGCUCAUUUCGAAACAGCAGGGAGACCCCAAGAAGAGUGAGAUGUUUUUCGGACCCCGAGGUAGCGCUCUAGCAGUAGAAACAUCAUCCUAUGCCCUCCUGACUGCUCUUCUCCGUAAGGACCUGUCCUCUGCUAAUCUCAUAUACACCUGGCUUACCGAACAACAGAACUACGGCGGAGGGUUCAAAUCCACCCAGGACACGGUGAUGGCUCUUGAAGCUCUCUCUGAAUAUCUGAUUCUCUCGAAUAAAGAAGAACGAAAUUCCAUAGAAGUGGAAAUAAAUUCUUUGGAGAGGCAGCAGAAACAGAAGUUCUUCCUGAGGAACGAGGACAGCGUACAGGAGGAGCUGAGGUCCAUGGGAACAAAAUUUGGUAUAAAAGUCUCUGGAAAAGGAAAAGCAACCGUUACAGUUUUGAAGAUGUAUAACAUCAUGCAAAUAGAGAACGCGACCUGCUCAAAACUGGGGCUUGAAGUGACCUUGCUGGAAGUGGAUGGAAAGUUAGAGUCCAUAGACGAGGACUAUGAAGAUUACGACUACGAGGACGUGCAGUCAGAUGAACCCAUUGAUGCCAUCGGUUGGCAUGACCUGCGCAAGAGAGCGCGGAGGGAGGUCUCGCGGCCAAAAGCAGAGGAGCCUAAGGUGUCCUACCAAGUGUGCGUAUGGAAGAAGCCAGGAGCUCAAAUCGCAGGAAUGGCUAUCGUGGAUAUCACAUUGUUGAGUGGGUUUGAACCCAACACGCAGGACCUAGACAAGCUGAAGACAAAUUCUGAGCGGUACAUCAGUCAUUACGAACUGCAGAACGGGAGGCUUCUCAUGUAUUUUGAUAAGAUUCCGGAUACAAAAGACGAAUGUGUGGCUUUCGAGGCCAUUCAGACCAUACGCGUCUCCCUCCUACAACCCGCGUCCGCCGUUGUCUAUGAUUUCUAUGAGCCAGACAAACGCUGCACAACAUUCUAUGGAGCUCCCCAAAAACCCAAGUUCAUUAACACCCUUUGUGCAGGGGAUGUGUGUCAAUGCGCGGAGGGCGCCUGCCCGGAGAAACGAUCCGUGACCCACAAGGGGAGGCCCGAGAUGUCAUCCAAAGACCGGGAAAUGUUUGCCUGCUACAACCCCAUCGUGAUGUAUGGUUACAAACUGAAAGUGGAAGACAUUCAGGAGCAAGAUGCGUUCCUGGUCUACCAGACAAGGAUUCUGGAAGCAUUACAGAAAAACGGAGAUGAAGAUCUUAAGGCUGGCGAUGUUCGGUUUUUCUACCAGCGAAAGUCAUGCAAAAUGCGCUUGGGGAAAUUGGAGUAUCUGAUAAUGGGGCAAGACGGAGAAACCAAAGAUGCCGAAGGCCGGAUGAGAUACUUUCUGGAAAGCAGUUCUUGGGUCGAGGGGCUGCCCGCCCCCCGGACAUGCGCUGCCACUCGCUUCCGGAACGCUUGCGCCGAACUCAACACCUUUAUGGAGAAUUACAGGGCAAACGGCUGCCAAGUGUGAGCCAGCCAGCCGGGCUGCGUUUUCCAUACGUACAUUGCUUUUUUUUUGUUUUUAAUCCCCACGUAUUGGGAUAAUAAUCAGUUCCCGAUCACGCAUUUAUCAUGAUAGUUCCAAUAAACGUAUUUUAUACUUUA